UGUGAUUCUGUAAUGAUUUGACAUGACAGCAUUGUUUUUCGUACGCGCGCAUGUCUGACGACUAUGUGCCCGGAUGCUUUUUGAAGCUACUCCGGAGAAGUCAUAUCGAGGGUGACGAGAACCAGGAAGCUGCGUUUGAAGCGCCAACAGUGCCAGCGCCUGUGGCGUUCGCUCCGACUGAAGUGCCCCCACCACCUCAAGCACCCACAGCGCGUGCGGUGCCCCCUGCUCCUCCAGCACCCACAGCGCCUGCAGCGCCCCCUGCUCCUCCAGCACCCACAGCGCCUGAUGCAUGCCCACCGCAACAAUCCUCGACACCGGCUGGAGUGCCUCAUGAGGUUGUUCUCCGCAAAGCACCGAAUGACAAGUCUAUCCAUUGGAGUGCGUCUGGCCGCUUUACCCACAACAACAAGAAGUUCCAGGAUGGGGGCGUGGCCAGGAUUCUGUCGCAGCUCCCAGACACGCUUUAUCAUGAUGAAGUGGAUUUCUCGAACAAUGAGCUCACUUCGAUUGGUAUGGCUUCUGUCGUUGCCAUUUGUAAAAGGAGCUCCUCUAGGUUGAAAGUGCUGAAGCUCUUCAAGAACUCAAUCGCAGACGACUGCGUGGCGCAUUUUGAGGAUUUGUUGAAGAGUUGCAGGAACCUCCGCGAGGUACACUUGUCUCACAACAACCUGUCUCACCAUGGGGUGCUGAAGCUAGCAGAGUGCGUGGCCCGUUCCUCUCGGGCCGAGCCGUUGUGGCUCCGGGUGGAGCACAACAGCUUCAAGGCUCCAGGAGAACUCCUGAAGGACUUGGAGAAGAACUACCGAGCAUGUCCACGCCUGGCCGCUUGCAAGCAGUUUUGGUGCUCCAGAGGUAGCCCUCUCCACGUGCCCUUCCUGGGAGAGGUCUCCUCGAGGCUUACAUUGAGGUCUAGAAGCCGAACAAGGGAGAGGAGGGACAGACUCUCAGACUCACGAAGCCGCAGAGAAAGGAGAGAAUUCAGAGAGAGGUCUCGUAGAAGAGACAGCAGAGAAAGAGAACGAAGACAAGGUAGAGAUAGGGAAAGGGUUCGGGAGAGGGGAAUGGAAGAAAGAGACAGAGCUCGGGAAAGAAGAGAAGUUGAAGAAAGAGAUCGAGCCCGGGACAGAAGAGAACCGCAAGAAAGAGAAAGAGCUCGGGACAGAAGAGAAGCUGAAGAAAGAGAACGAGCUCAGGAAAAAGAACCCGAAGAAAGAGACAGAGCUCAGGAAAGAAGAGAAGCCGAAGAAAGAAGAACUCGGGAAAGAAGAGAAGCUCAAGAAGGAGAAAGAGCUCGGGAAAGAAGAGCAGCAGAAGAAAGGGAACGCGCUCGGAAAAGAGCUGAAGAAGGAGAACGUGCUCGGGCUGCUCAUGAAAGAAGAGAAGCCGAAGAAAGGAGAAGAGAAGCAGAAGAAAGAAGAAGAGAAGCAGAAGAAAGGGAACGCGCUCGGAAAAGAGCUGAAGAACGAGAACGUGCUCGGGCUGCUUGGGAAAGAAGAGAAGCUGAAGAAAGAGAACGAGCCCGUGGACGGGCAGGAGAACAAAAAGCAACAUUCGGAUCCAAUGUUCUUGAGUUUGCGAAAUCGAGAAGGCAACGCCUUUGGCCAACACGUUUCGGAUUCGAAGUGGCCAUGGCGCUGCGCUCCUUUGAGGCGCACACUCACCUGUGCGGCCACCUGGGAGCUGGGCCACAGACGCGGAUCUUUGGCAACGCCUCGAACGGCUUGAGCAGAUGAAUGCGUAGGGGAAAAGGUCGAGAUAGCGCUUGUCAAUGUCGCAGCGAACACAUCAAGGGACUCAAGACCUACCAGCUACCAAUUGACAUGUAGCAAACGUCUUGAGGGCCAGAGUCAGAGUGUUUUGGGGUUCACUUCGCCCAUUAAACAGGUGCAUCAGCAAAGUCAUGCAAGACCUUACAACACGGGCCACAGGCACACUCAGGUAGUAAGGAAGUAUAUAAUUAUUAGGAAGUGCUACUGUUUGGAGGUGUGGGUGGAAGACAUGUUUGCAGAAGGGGCCCCUGCUUGAAGGAGGAGGAGAAACAAAAAGAGCACAUCACGAAUCACGAGUACUGAGUAGCAAGCUAGUCAGCUAGUCACUCCUAUAUACUUCCCAUCAGUUACAGAAGCGCUUUAGGCGCCCCCGA